AUGGAUAAUUCCUCUAAAUUUCCCACGCAUGUGUAUCCAGGACAGUUGAUUUGCCCUGAGUUCGAGUUGGCGAAGAAGGAUGACCAAGACCUUGUAAUCAAAUAUGAAAGUGGAUCAGGUGUCUCACUGUUAAGCUAUAAUUUAGAAGGCACGGAGAUUAAAGCUUUAACUGCAACUCUUCUCGGUCGAGUAAAAGUUCAAGAAAAUGAUGGGUCUGAAAUACCGAGUGUAAGUGAUUCUGAAGAAAGUACCAAGGACGAAAAGGAAAGUAAAUCUGUCAAAACUUAUACAGUGAGUGUGGUAGAUAGUGACUCCGAAGAUAAGCAAGUUAAAGAUGAUUUUUCCAACAAUCUACCGAAGGAAGGAGAUAUUGUACUGACAAGAGUGACCAAGAUCACAUCGCAAAGGGCAACUGUUGAAAUUCUUGCGGUCGAAAAUAAGGCUGUACCCGUUGACUCAGGGGUGGGUAGCAACGGAACAGGUGUGAUUGCGCCCGGCGGUGGUGCAGGUGCAGCUACAUUCUCAGUAUCUCAGGCGUCCUCAGAUUUGGGAGAAACUUUUAAAGGGGUAAUUAGAUCUCAGGACGUGAGGGCGACAGAAAGAGAUCGUGUGAAACUUAUCGAAUGCUUCAGGCCAGGUGACAUAGUACGAGCCCAAGUAUUGUCGUUAGGUGAUGGGUCGAACUACAGUCUCAGCACUGCAAGGAACGAUCUUGGGGUUGUUUUCGCAAAAUCUUGCAACGGAGCUGGAGGAUUGAUGUAUGCAAUCGAUUGGCAAACAAUGGUCGCUCCCUGUACCGGUCUUGUAGAAGCACGCAAAUGUGCAAAGCCGUUCUAA